CUGACAUUCUUUCUCAAAUUCGUUUGACUGGUAGGUUUCCCGCAUCUUCCUUCCCUCAUGAAUAUCCAAAAUCAUUCUAUACUCUGCCGAUCAUGGAGACCAGGAGAUCACAAACCCCAACCGACAGUCCAGAUUCUCCUAUUAACGCACUCGUCUCCGAUCAUGAUCUUCUCCGCCAGCUGGAAUCUCUUCGCCAAUGCUAUACCGCCGUCGAAUCAAAAUGCUCCGCGUUGGAGGCUGAUCUCGUCCUCUUCCAGCGCCAGAGAGACGACGCGACCAAUCGAAAUGCUAACCUAGUGAAACUCAUCGACGAAUUAUCCGGCGAAAAGGACUUCCUUGGUGGCAGAAUCGACGAACUUGAAAUUUCUUUGAAAGGGAAAGAAGAGGAAUUUGAUAGAAGGCUCGGAGAGGAGUUGCGCGAGAGAGAGGAACUCAGAAAAGAAUUGGAAGUUUCUUGGGAGAAAAUCGAUAAACUUGAAGUGGAGAAGCAAGAGGGGGUUAGAUGUCUGAUGAAAAGUAGGGACUCGAUCUUUUUGAUGAAGGACCACAUGGCGAAGAUCAUUGAAUGCUUGAAUGAUGAUUGUGAGAAGGUUGUGAUUGAGAGAUCGGAUGAUGGGAUGACAAAAUUAGAAAUGGACGAGGAACUGGGGGCAUUUUCUGGAGAAAUAAUGAACUUAUUAAGACUAGCAGAGGAGGCAGCGUCGAAGGUCAGUGAGUUUAAGGAAGCUAGUAAGAAGGAGCAUAAGGAACUGGAGAACAGCGUGGUGAGUUUGACAGAGGAGAAUCGUGACGUCAGUAGCUUGCUGAGGAUUGCGCUGGCGGAGAAAGAAGCUGUUGAAAAGAGUUUAAAUAGGUUGAAAGGGAACGCCGAGCAGAAGAGAGUAGCAUUAUUGCAGUUUGCCGAGAGAGGGUUGCAGAGAGUGGGUUUUGGAUUCAUGAUUGGAAGUGGCAGCAACGAGCAGUCAUUAGAGAGCAGCUCGGUUGCUAGCACAACAGGGAGUAAUAAGUCAGAUCAUGGCAGUGAAUCUGAAGAGGAGGUUGUUAGUUUGGCCUCAACUGUGGAACGAAUAAUGAAGAGUUUAAGGCUUGAAAUCACACAACUAAGGAGAUCUUUGGAAGAAUCUAGGUCAGACACUGAGCGAUUGCAGAGUCUUACAGAGAAACAAGCUCAGAAGAUUGAAGAAAAUACGCUAUACAUAAAAGAGUUGGAAGAUAGAGAGAGAGUGUUAACCCGAAAUGUUGAGGAGCUGCUAAUAGAAAUAAAAGAAAGUGAAGCAGAGGUCGCUCGUUGGAGGGAAGCUUGUGAGUUGGAAGUGGAAGCUGGGAAAAAUGAGAUUAAAGAACGUGAAAAGCUGAUUGAUAUUCUGAAACAAGAGUUGGAGAAAACAAAGUCCAGAUUGAAAAUAUCAAAUGGCAAGUUAAAGCUGAAAGAAGAAUUAGCAGCAACUGCAAUUGCUGCCCAAGCAGCAGCGGAAAAGUCUCUGCAGCUAGCCGAUAGCAGAGCGGUUGGAUUGCGUGACCGGAUUGAAGAGCUAACUAAACAAAUCGAAGAAGCAGAAAGCAGAGAAAAGAGCCGGCGCAGAGUGAGGCAUAUAUGUUGGCCUUGGCGAGCACUGAAAAUUGCUAAUAAUGCAAACUCUCAAGUUCAGAGCGUAAAAAGAAUGCUACCAGAAAUGCAAACAUUGCUUCGUUAGAGUAUCUUUAGCUCACUAUUUCGUUAUGAUGAUCAAUAGUUAGAAGGUACGACUGUUGUAUUCUGGUUGCACACAUUUAAUGGUGUAAUGUAGCUUGUGCUAAAGCGCUGUCUAUAUAGUUUUAAGCUCAAAGUAUGUGUUUCCUCAUGUAGUUUUUGAUUUGAUGAGAAAAAAGAGAA